AUGAAUCGCACAGUGAUCACUAGGUUUGUUCUCCUAGGUCUUUCUGAUGAUCCUCACCUUCAGGUUGUGAUCUUUAUCUUUUUAUUCAUCACCUAUAUAUUGAGUGUAACUGGAAACUUGACCAUCAUCACCCUAACUUUGGUGGACUCCCAUCUACAGACACCGAUGUAUUUCUUCCUCCGGAACUUCUCUUUCCUAGAAAUCUCAUUCACCACUGUCUGCAUCCCAAGGUUUCUGGGGGCAAUCAUCACUGGAGAUAGAACCAUUUCUUAUAAUAACUGUGCAGCCCAGAUCUUCUUCUUUAUCUUCAUGGGAGUCACUGAGUUUUACAUCCUCACCGCCAUGUCCUAUGACCGCUAUGUUGCCAUCUGCAAGCCCCUUCAUUACACUACCAUCAUGAGCAGGAAACUCUGCACCCUGCUUGUGCUGUGUGCCUGGGUGGGGGGCUUCCUCACCAUUUUCCCACCCCUCAUGCUUCUGCUCCAGCAGGACUACUGUGCUUCUAACAUCAUUGAUCACUUUGCCUGUGACUACUUCCCCCUCUUACAGCUGUCUUGCUCAGAUACCAGGCUCCUGGAAGUCCUUGGCUUUUACUUUGCCUUGGUUGCUUUGCUCUUCACUUUGGCCUUGGUGAUCUUAUCAUACAUGUACAUUAUCAGGACUAUCCUGAGAAUCCCCUCCGCCAGUCAGAGGAAAAAGGCUUUCUCCACCUGCUCCUCUCACAUGAUUGUCAUUUCCAUUUCCUACGGAAGCUGCCUUUUCAUGUAUGUUAAUCCCUCUGCCAAGGAAAAGUCAUCCUUGACCAAAGGAGUGGCCAUUCUCAACACCUCUGUGGCCCCCAUGCUGAACCCCUUCAUUUACACUCUAAGGAACCAGCAGGUAAAACAAGCCUUCAGAGAUGUGGUCCACAAGGUAGUUCUUUCUGCAAGCAAAUGA